AUGGCGCAUGCGACUUUAAUUGCAGGAUGUUUGUUCUGCAAGAUUAUCAAGGGAGAAAUACCCAGCUUCAAGGUGCUCGAGACCGAACGCAGCUAUGCCUUCCUUGACAUCUCCCCAGUCUCAGAAGGUCACACGCAGGUGAUCCCCAAAUACCAUGCCAAGACACUCGCCGAGCUGCCCGACGAGUACUUGCAGGACAUAGCCCCAGCGGUCAAGAAAGUCGCAUUGGCCACGGGUGCAGAGCAAUACAACAUCCUGCAGAACAACGGGAAGUUGGCAUUCCAGCACGUCGAUCAUGUCCAUUUCCAUGUCAUUCCCAAGCCCAAUGAGAAGGAGGGUCUCGUCUUGAGCGUCAAUGACAACUGGCCGACGAGGCGGGCCAGUAAGGAGGAACUGGCGGCUACCCUGGAGAAGAUGAAAGGCAGGCUGUAG